AUGAGUGUAAGCAAACCACCCGUUGUCCACAAAUUUUACAGUGACCUCAAAAAUUUUCCAUUCUACAUUGAAAUUAUAAGUUUAAACUUUGUCCACAUUCGCCUGGAUAUGAGCAUCGAUAUCCAAUCAACUCACGAUAUUUCCCUCUGCCUCUCCGUUGACAACAUGCUCUCGAUAUCAUCAAUGGCUGUGGCACGUGCAAGAAGGAACUGUUCCUUCUCUGUCUCCUUGAUCUCAGUAAAUGAAUUACCUGAAGAGCAUGCAGUUGUGGAUGGUCAAUGGUUCCUGGCAGUACUCAUGUGCAAGCAAGAAUAA